AUGGCCGUUCGGGGGCGGAUUGCUAGCGAUAACGCGGCGGCCCCAAAAGGUUGCGUUAAAAAGGGCGUAUUUGUAGCUAAUGUUGGAAAUAAAAAAACGGCGUUUUGUAAAAUUGUUAUUAUCGGGCUUAAAAGGCCCGUUUUGGGGGCGUUGGAUGCGUUAUACGGCAAGAUUUAG